GCCGCGAAAGAUGAAGCCGCCGAAAUGGAGGUGGACAGAGCCGGUAAUGGCGAAAGAGAGAUCUGCGCGUUCCUGGAAGCUCGAAGCUUGGAAAAAAUGGCGUCAAGAGUUCAUCUCGCAAUGUCAAAUAAACCUUCGUACGGUCGGCGCAUUGACUAGACCCGGUGGUCAGUCCACACAGUGCGAGAAAUUCAAAUUAAUGUAAUUGUUUGAUUGGAUGUGGGGACAAUGAGAUCAGUUUUGCCCCUUUCAUUUACGUUUACAGGCCCCUCUAACUUAAAGAACGUGUAAUUUUUUGUCUGAUCUUCAAACAUCUCUAUGUUUUUAUGUCGUCGUUCGUCAUUUUCAUGUGGUUAUUGUCGUUCUCAAGGAAAAUGGUUCAUUCGUUAAUGCUUUAACUGCUGCUGCUAUAACCAUUGACUGAAUUUCCUAGAACUUCGAAGGUAAUUUCAGCCACUUGAAGAUUAGAGGCUGAAAUGGAGUUUCAGGGGAACUUUCUAUUGUAAUUUCUAUGCUUCUUCUUGAUCAAUAAGCCAUGUUCAUUGAUUUCUCUUCAAUUUCUCUUCCAAAUCCGCUCCCCUGUCAGUGUCAGAUAAGAACACGUAGGGUAUUGGUGGAUAUUUUAUUAGGACAUGGCAGUUUAGUUAGUUAUCCGAAGCUCAGAGAAUUUCUUCCAACUUUCCAUUACAAAAUCUAGGCAAUGUCAUGCUUCCUUUAGAAAAUGGUUUUGCUUAUUCCAACAUUUAUUUUACAAUAUAAAAUUGACUUCAAGUAUUAACGCGUUUCUUCUGUAGUUUGAUGGAAGCUUCCUCUUCCCUUCUGAGUACAAUAAAUUGUCAAUAGCCAUUUAUCAGCAGAAUAAUUCUUAGAGAUUUUGGUUGUUUUGAGCUGUUUUCUCGGUAUUUGAUGGUACAGAAGAGGGCUUUUCAUAUCUACCAUGGCGAUGGUUAUGGAGCUCCAAAUCAAGAGUCAAAACGAAUCAAUAUACUUGGGACGGCUUUUCUGGAGGAUAGCAUGUUCACUAUUCUCGAACCUUUGAUUCGGAAAGUGGUAAGAGAAGAAACAGACUGUGCUAUUACCAAAAAUUUUCUCUCUUCAAGCAGCUCAAUUAGCGAAGCUGAAACAACGACAGCAGGAUUUAGUAUGCAGCUUCUGUUUGAUGGCAAACUGCCAGAUCAAAUAUUCACAAACAGUCCACUGAAAGCCGAGGGGGGCAAACCAUUAGAAAUUCAUCUAUGCUAUGCCAAUUCCAAGACUGUAGUGGAAUCUGGUCCACUAUCAUCGGCGAAAGUCGAUUUUUCUGUCAUCAGUGGGCUAUUUUCCAGAGAUGAGGAUGAUUGGACUGAGGAGGAGUUCAAUUCUAAAAUUUUAAGUGAAAGAGAUGGUAAAAGACCUCUUUUAGCGGGAUCCCAGAGUAUCGUAUUGAAAAACGGGGUUGGAGUAAUAAGAGAUCUAAGCAUUACUGAUAAUUCCAGCUGGAUCCCGAACAGGAAAUUCAUAUUGGGAGCUAAAAUUUCACAUAAAAAUUCUGGAGAAUAUAGAGUUAAACCAGCCAGAAGCUAUCCUUUUUCCGUCAAAGACUGCCGUGGAGAGAGGUAUAUGAAGCAUCAUCCUCCAAGCGUGCAAGAUGAAGUAUGGCGUUUGGAGAACAUUCGAAAAGAUGGUAAAUUCCAUCACCAGCUUACCAGACACAACAUUCACACUGUCGAAGACUUUCUCCGACUGAAUGAAACAAAUCAACGCAAGUUGCGCUCCAUACUUGACCCAAUGUCAGAUAGGAUGUGGCAAAAAGUUUUGGAUCAUGCAAAAACUAGCAUCACGGGCAAUUGCACGGUUCCAAGAUGCCCAAAUGGAUGGGAUGGGGCAAUAGUUGAAGAUCUAAAGCAGCCAAUAUGUGUGAACAGAUUUGAUGAGCAACCAACCUUCAAACCUCCAUCGACCUACCGGCAAGCUGGUCCUAUUUCUCUGAAUCAACGAUUGCAUCCAUUGCCCGUCGUCAUACAUUCACAAGAGAACCUGCAAAUUUGUGCUCCAAAUACUAACAACGGUGAAGAAGAUGGAAUACCUUCAAUUUUCCAAAUACAUAACAGUCAUGCAGACCAAAUCUUUCCUCCAAUACUGCAACCUGAUUACAUUGUAGAUGACUGUACUUUACUGAUGCAAACUCCAGUUUACUAUCCUCCAGCAACAUUCGGGCAUGGAAACGAGUUGCUUCCUUCUUCGAGUUAUGCAGCGGAGGCUGGGGCAAUGCCAGUCGAAUCUUCGAAAUGGAAAUGGAAAAGCCAAUAUUCAGACGUUGUCUCGCCGUGCUCCGGUUCUAAAAUGUCAAGUAACUUCUUUCAUUGUCUUAGUGUCAUGUUAUACUGCUCGCCCAAGGAGUAAAGUUUCUGCUAAAUUUGCAGGUUCUUCUUAAGAGUCUUUGUAAAGAGUCUGCUUUCCUCUUUUUAUCUAUAUAAGCUCUGCUAGUUGAAGUUGUUGUAACCUAUAAAACAAUUAGAAAGGAAUAUGUUUUUCUUCGAAACGAACAUCACAAGUAUACAGGUUCCUACAUCGGCAGCCUCGUAGGCUGAGGGCUCGGGUCGUUAUGCGAAGAUGCGACAACGUUGUUGAUACUUGGUAACUGAUUGCUCUUGUUGUGGAUAACUAAGAAAGCAAAGGUACACAUUUGUAUGGCCUUUGUUUCUAUAAUGAAGCAUUGAUGAAGCAUUACUCAUA